GAGAAGGUGAUGUUAUUUAAAUGGAGGUAUUCCUUUGACAGCCAUUGAGGCACCUGGGCUCAAAUCUCUGCAAAAUCAACACUUGUGCUUUCUACUCUUCAAAUGGUAAAAACAGAAACACCAGGUACCAUGCUAUCGUUGUCGAUCGUAACAUGUUAUGUUGGAUGAGCGUUUGAAAUGAUUGUCUUGUCGUAGGAAAUGGACGAUGACAGGCAUGGGGAUCUGAUGUUAGAAGAGUGCCACAUACAAGAGGAGGAGUUCCUCAGGGAGAUACUUGGUGAACCGGGUUUUUCUUCUGAAACUGAAACUCACCACCACAACAACUUCACAACCCCCACAGAUGCUCACACGCUAACAAUGGUAGCCUCCAAAUCCAAAACCUCUUCUUCUCCCAGAACAUAUAUUUUGUCUUUCGAUAGCUCUGCCAUUAUACCAGCCACCCCUCAACCACCGUCUCCUUCCACUCUCUCCGCCAACAAACGCCACCAAAAUCUCAACCCAGAACAACCAAAACCCAAGUCCACAACCCAAACUGGAAAGAGGGCCAGAAACGGUUCCGUUGACCACAUCAUGGCCGAAAGAAAAAGGAGACAGGAACUCACCCAGAGGUUCAUAGCACUUUCAGCCACCAUUCCCGGUCUCAAGAAGACGGACAAGAGUUCGAUACUGGGGGAAGCGAUUAAUUACGUGAAAGAACUUAAAGAACGUGUGACGGAGCUUGAAGAGAGAAACAAGAGAGGGAAAGAAUCGGUGACGAUCCUGAAGAAGAGUGAUGUGUGUGAGUCAAGUGAAAGAGAUUCGAAGGAUUGGUGUAGAAUGCUCCCUGAUAUUGAAGCUAGAGUGAUGGAGAAUGAGGUGCUGAUUGAGAUUCACUGUGAGAAGGAAGAAGGGGUUGAGCUGAAAUUAUUGGACCACCUUGAAAAUCUUCAUCUCUGUGUCACAGCCACCAGCGUGUUGCCCUUUGGGAAUUCAACUCUUGGCAUUACCAUCAUCGCUCAGAUGGGUGACGCGUACAAGAUGACAGUCAACGAUGUAGUCAAAAAUCUGAGGAAAGUCUUCAUGAAUCACAUGAACAUCCAUGGCGAUCCGUACUAGUGUAUCAAACAGUUUCUUUUUUGCUCUUUUUUAUUUUCCGUGGUUUGAUCUUGUAUCAACUCUGAAAUUUUAAAUUUCAAAGAUUCCAUCUUCUUGUUUAUAUAACUUGAAAACGAAAAAGCUUCGCCGGCAAGUUUUUCCGAUGAACACGUUUUC